AAGACAACCAUCUUAUCAUGUCUAUUUAGACCAAAAGAUUGACCUGAUCAGGUUUGAGCUUGUGAGUGCAGACCGUGUACUCGGCCAAAUGUUGAACUAGUAUUUUCCGAAUCCCUUCGUGCACCAGCUGAACCAUGCAGAUCAGUUCUGGAGGCCCAUUUAACACACAUAUGAUGCAUCACGCAUCACGUUUCAGUAAUACUCUCCAUAGCUAUCGGAGCAGUCUCCACACGAGGAGAUGUUGGGCACCUUUUUGCAGCGCCAGGCUGAGCAGAAGCUGUAGUAUGCCGAGUCGGCACUCGGGCGUCACCCUAGACAAAGUUUAUCUCCAGAAUGCCCAGCCACUCAGGAUACCUUGGAGCACAUACUUGCGUGGCAGAAGGAGAGGAGACUGCUGUGUGACAAGUGCAGUACCUGAUCCUCUGCUGCCGCUGGGCUUGGAUUUUCUUACAUUCCUUGCAGCCACAGUCCUGGUCAUCCCAGUGUUCAAGUCGGUGAACGCAUCCCCUGUACUGGGUUUCCUCUUCUCUGGCCUGGUGCUGGGACAGCUGGGGCUGUUCAGGAAUACAGAAGAAUUAGAGAAGCUGUCGGAGCUAGGAGUCCUGUUUUUGCUUUUUGAGAUGGGCUUGGAGCUCUCUUUGGAUCGGCUGAAGGCGCUGGCAAAGUAUGCAUUUGGGCUUGGCACCCUCACGAUGUUUGCGAGCACUGUGGUGUUCACCCUCAUGUCGCUCCCGCCUGGCAAGGGCAUCGGCACCCAGAUCCUCGUCAAGGUGUUUCAUGCAUCGCCAAAGCUGGCAGCGGUGGGCAGCGUGGACGAGGCGGUGGUGAUUGGCGCGGCGCUAUCGCUGUCCAGCUCAGCGUUUGUGCUGCAGCUACUGAGCGAGCGCGGCGAGCUGGCCACCAAAUUCGGCUCCGCGACGCUCGGCAUCCUGCUCCUGCAGGACAUAGCGGUGGUGCCUUUCCUGGUGCUGCUGCCGCUGGUGGAGAACAACGAUCUGGUGGGGCAGGCUGGGCAGAGCACGAUGACGCUGGUCGCCUCGCUGGGCCCCACCGCGCUGCAGACCGUCUUCGGCCUCGGCGCCCUCCUGCUGGGCGGGCGCGUCGUCCUCCGCCGCAUCUUCGAGCUGGUUGCGGAGGCGCGCAGCGACGAGACGUUUGUGGCUCUGUGCCUGCUGACGGUGACGGGCGCCAGCCUGCUCACACAGAAGCUGGGCUUCUCCGACACCAUGGGCGCUUUUGUGGCCGGGGUGCUCCUGGCAGAGACCAACUACAGCACCCAGGUGGAGGCGGACAUCAGGCCGUUCAGGGGGAUGCUGCUGGGCCUGUUCUUUGUGACCACUGGCGCCAGCAUGGACGUCAGCCUGCUGCUGCACGAGUGGAACAUCGUGCUCUCCCUGCUGGUUGGUCUCAUCGCCGUCAAGAUCGGCAUCAUUGGCUCCCUCGCGCCCUUCUUCGGCCUCAGCAGGCAGGAGAGCAUCCGCACGGCUUUCUUGCUGAGCCAGGGCGGUGAGUUUGCGUUUGUGCUGCUGAGCCUGGCCAAUGAGCUCAAGGUGCUGCCCACGGACCUGAACCGGCUGCUGAUCAUCGUGGUCGUCCUGUCCAUGGCGCUCACCCCCUUCCUGGCCGAGGCUGGCAAGCACAGCGGGUACUCGGGUGAGGCAUCGGAGGGCGGGGAUCCGGGCGUGCUGGACAGCCGGGCAGUGGUGAUCUGCGGGUUUGGGGAGCUGGGGCAGACGCUGGCCAACAUGCUGGAGUCGCCCCUGGCCAUGAGCCUGGAGCGCGGCGUCAUCCCCUACGUCGCAUUCGACCUGCAGCCCAGCCGCCUGCGCCGCGCGCGCGAGGCCGGCUUCAACGUACUCUACGGCGACGCCUCCCGCCCUGCAGUGCUGGAGGCGGCGGGCAUAGCGGAUCCGCGCGCGAUAGCAGUGGUGUACACGGCGCGGGCGCGCAGCGUGGCGGCCGUGCGCAGCCUGCGCGAGGGCUUCAGGGACGUGACCAUCUACGCGCGCGCUCUCGACUCCCUGCACGCCGCCGAGCUCAAGGCGGCCGGCGCGUCCACCGUGAUCACGGCCAACACCGAGGUCGCCACCGAGAUGGGCUCUCAGCUGCUCUUUGGCCUUGGCGCCAACGCCAACGGGGUGCGCGUGCUGGUGAACGAGCUGCGCAAACAGGUUGACACGCGCGUGGGUGAGCUGGCGGAUGACCUGGUGGCCGAGCCCCAGCACGCCUCUGGAGACCCGGACGGCCUCAUCUUCAAGGUCGACCAGAAGCUGCUGCCGCCAGCGGUGCGCCCCUUAGCAGCACCUUAG